AUGACAGGCGAGCGGGCGGGCGUUAUGGAGAAUAAGCAGGUACCCCCUUCCACCCCCCCUCCGGGAGCCAACACAGACCAACUUCCGACGACGAUGAUGGGGAGGAUGAGGAGGAGGGGGCCCAGAAGUGCACCUGACCAGGAUGUAGCGAAAGAGGUCCAGGCCCAGGGAGACUUACUGGGAUAA